AAAGAGCUCAGCUGUGUAUCUGACAGAAAGAAAAAAAAAACCCACCAUAAUGCGCAACAUUGUGCGCAGUUUUGAACCGCAGGAUAACGCUACACGGUAGGCAGGUACCCAAGUUGUCCUCAGAAUCGCCAAGUUGUAGUGCCAUUAUUCGUUAUUAAGUAGGGUUUAUCUCUUUGAUGGUAUUUUCGACUGCUGUGCUUUGCAUUUACACAUAAUCUCAAGUGUGAUGACGGAGAAAAGUUGCUCUGCGAUGGCUCGAAUAAUGCUGCAGCAGUGUCUGCAGGCUAGGCUACAAGUCAAACCAGCUGAUGAACACUCAGAGGCUCAGUUCGUCCAGAUCAACAGAGGAAUGGUCAUCUACGUCUGCUUUUUCAAAGGAGCAACUGCUAGCAUCCUGCCUAAGAUGGUGUCCACGUUGUUGAGCCUGCGGCUUUGCGAGUCUGCCUCGGGGAAGAUGGUUUCGGUGACCGAGCUUCCUGGCAGCGUGCUGAUUGUCCCUCAGGCCACACUGGGUGGAAAAGUCAAGGGCAAGGCCAUGCAAUACCACAACAACAUCAACAAAGAGGAGGGACUGCAGCUUUACCAAGCCUUUGUUUCUCUUUGUGAGGAGGAACUGAAGGCUGCCGUCGCUUCGGCUGGUAGCGAAGCUGAGGUGACUUUGAAGCACGGGACAUAUGGAAACAGACAAGUCCUACAGCUGGACACUAAUGGACCCUACACACAUUUAACAGAGUUUUAAGUUGAAAACAAUGAGCGUUCAAUUUCAGUUGUUAGAAUGAAUUUCAUGAAUCCCUAACAUCUAUAAGAUCACCCAAAUUGAUCAUUCCUGUAUUUGUGAAAAAGCCAAAAAACUAAUUGUCACAUGUAAUAAGGUGGAUGAAAAUCAACAGUUACCUUUUUACAGUGGGUAAACAACAAUGUACAACAUUUUUCAAAUUUAUUAAAAAAGAAAAACUGAAAUAUCCCAUGGUUUUAAGUAUUCAGACCCUUAGCUGUAACACUCAUAUUUAAUUUGCAUGCUGUCCAAUUUUUUCUGAUCCUCAUUGAGAUGGUUCUACUGCUUCAUUGGAGUCCAGCUGUGCUAAUCGAGCAAUCAAGGGAGAAGUGCCUUGGUGAGGGAGGUAAAGAAGAACCAAAAAAAGAUUGCUGGGGCUGAGCUCCAGAGAUGCCAAGACAAUGACACACAGCUAAUUUUGAGGAUUAUUUAUUUAUUUGUAUUAAAAAGGUUGAUCCAGAAAAGAGCAAUUAACGGGGCGGUUUAGGAAACGCGCAAUGUCACACUAUUGGGAAAGUCUAUAAUUUGUAGGGAUUAUUUUCUAAAGGUUCUCUAAAAGCCAAAAUAACCUCCAGGUUUAUAUAAUAAAUUCCUAGAUGUACUUAUAUGGUUGACUGCAUGAUUUGGUGGUUAGUACUGUUGCCUCACAGCAAGAAGGAUUCUGGUUCAAAUCUCCAAGUUUGCUUGUACCUUUCCCCUGUGUAUACUGGCACAUGGGUUCUCCCAAAUACUCUGGCUUUUUCCAAAGUCCAAAACAUACUUAUUCAACUGCCUUUUGGUAUGAAUGUAUGUGAUUUUUUAAAAUGUCUGUGUACCCAGGACAUAUACACCAGCCUUUCAUGCCCCUUAAAACCGUAUAGCAAGCUAGGUCCCUGCUCCUAGCUUCAUAUAUCAUGUUUCACUUUUCAUUCCAAUAAAAGAAAUAUCAUGAAUUUUAUUUUGAAUUACUUUGUAAAUUUAUUAUAAGAA